AUGAAACCCUGUCAAAAAAUUGAAGGAAAACCAGAGAAUGAGAGUGAAUCAACAGUUGAGGAAGAGCCAAAGCCUGAGGAAAAGCCAGAGGAGAAGGAAGAACCAGAGGAGGAGGAAGAAACAGAAGGAACUUUCAGAGAAAGGCUGAUUCAGUCUCUCCAGGAAUUUAAAGAAGAUAUACACAACAGGCAUUUAAGCGAGGAAGAUAUGUUUAGAGAAGUGGAUGAAAUGGAUGAGAUCAGGAGAGUAAGAAACAAACUUAUAGUGAUGCGUUGGAAGGUUAAUCGAAACCAUCCUUAUCCCUAUUUAAUGUAA